CUCUGUGCGGCUGCGGCAUGUUCGGAGCCCACCAGGAGAACUUGGCUUACGGCAAUAAACAGCCAUCAUAGAAAGGGCAGAAUUAUAUCUUCAUUGUUCGUGACAAAGUCGUCCUGGGUCCUCGAUUUGAAUUAGUCUCUCAACGUCUGCGCCAAACUUCAGCUGCCUCCAGCCAUGACUGCACCACCACCAAUCCUGCUAGACAGGCUAGCCCAUGUCUGCUAUCAGCACCCGGAUCUCAACGAGGCAAAACGUUUUCUUCUUGAUUUUGGUCUUCUCGUUGAGAAGGAAGAACCUGACCGCAUCUUUUUCCGCGGCUAUGGGCCAGAACCCGUCAUUUACAUUGCCACAAAAGGGAAACGGGCGUUCCUAGGAGGCACCUGGGUUGUGCAAUCCAUGGCUGAGUUGGAAAAGACCGUUUCAUAUCACAACGCGUCACGCAUCCAGGAUAUGGAUGCACCGGGAGGAGGCAAAUACGUCACUCUUCGAGAUCCCAACGAUAUGGUUGUCCGGCUUGUCUUUGGACAAACUCUGAGGAGCGCUGAAACCUAUGGGGCUGUGAUCAUGAACGCCUCUUCAACAAAGCCGCGGAAAGGAGAGUUCGUCCGGCUCAAGCCCGGACCCAGUGAGGUCUAUAAGCUGGGUCAUUAUGGCUUCUCUGUACACCUUCCGCAUUUUAUGAAAGUCAGGAACUGGUAUACGACAACUUUCAAUCUCAAGGUGACUGACUCGGUUUUUGACACUUCUACGAAUGAAGAUAUCACCUCUUUCUUGCACAUUGAUAAAGGAGCAGAAUUUGUUGAUCACCAUAGCAUAUUCUUCGUCACCCAUACAGAGGACAAGCCCAGUCAUAUCCACCAUUCUAGCUUUGAAUGCAACAAUUUCGAUACGCAGCAAUUCGGCCACGACUGGCUGGAGAAAAACGGCUGGAAGAACUGCUGGGGGGUGGGCCGUCACUUAUUAGGAAGCCAGAUAUUUGACUACUGGUUUGAUGCUACGGGAAAUGUUAUAGAACACUAUUCCGAUGGCGAUCUCGUCAAUUGCCACACCCCUCUAUCCCGAGAACCUGCUGCACCAGAAAGUCUGUUCGUAUGGGGACCAAAUAUACCGCUUGCCUUUCUCACAGGUAAAGUUCAGGACGUGGUGGACAAACCCGGCGCUCAACCAUUCUCAGCACCAAGCGCGACAGGAUAGAAUAGUAUGUUGAUGGAAUUGGA